AGCAAAAUUCCGCUUCCACAGUCGGGACAAACCAAUGCCGUUCAUGCAGGAGUAUCCAAACGAAAGAAGUCAUUGAUUUUAACGCCUUGGAGAUCAAUCUACUUAACCAGCUUUUGUGCGUUUUUGCAAGCUCUCCAAUUCACAAUUUUGCGCAGCUCUAUGUGGCCGUACUUGCGCAAGCUCAAUCCCGAUGUCACAGAGCAAAAGUACGGUUUUGUGAAUGCGCUGUACAAUCUUGGCACAGUGGUCUCAGCCAUAGUGUUUGGUUACUGGAGCAACAGAAUAAAGCAAGUGCGACUACCAUUAUUUGUCUGUUUCUGGUUGAUUAUCAUUGGCAAUGUUGUCUACGCCUUACUGCAAUACUUUGAAGCAGAACUUGUCGCCUAUGUUCUCAUGGUUUCGCGAUUACUAACAGGAUGCGGAGUAGCUAAUGCGGCUCUUCUGCGAGCAUACGCGCUGUCAGCAUCAACAAUCGAAGACCGUUCAAAAGCAUUUGCGUGCAUUGGGAUCGGCAUCGCGGCGGGCGGAUUGACCGGAUCUGGCUUACAAUUGGCUUUCACUGUUUUGGGAUCAGAUGGAGUCACAAUCGCCGGUAUAUACCAAUUAGACCUAUACAAUGCGCCUGCAAUAAUGGCGUUGCUUCUGAACUUAUGUGGUUUCCUUAUAAUUCUCUUUUGUUUCGAGGAGAGCUACGAAGUGCUGGAAAGAGAUUCGAAAAAGAUGUGCCAUAACCUACCUCAGCCCUGCUACACCGCUUUAAUUAUUUGCGCUUCUACCCGUUUUGAGCAGGAGUUUGCCCAGUCUGCAGUGGAAACGUUGGAACCUCCAUUCACCAUGCUUAUGUUUCUCUUUGAAAAGGAAGAAGCUGUAAAAGCUAACUCUAUAGCUCAACUGGCUUCAGGAUGUUGUGGCAUUCUUCUGUACUUCCUCUUCUUCUUUGCCGAGUUCACUAAACGCGCUCCACUGAGGGUCAUAACUAUAUUGGGUAUUAACCUAUAUGCUGCUUCAUUCUUGGUUACAUACCCCUGGCCUUUUCUUCCUGACAAGUGCCAAUCGGCUGCAAAUGGUUCGGAUGCCGGCUGCUAUGCCGACAAGUAUGCGUGGUGCACAGAUCUUUCAGCAAUCUCGCCUUGGGUGUACUAUCCCAUAUUCGUGUUGGUCUUUGGAUUAGCACAUCCGCUGACGAAUGUAUGUGUGACUACAAUAUACUCUCAGGUUAUGGGACCACGUCGCCAGGGCACUUCGCAGGGGCUCUUUACAACGGCUGGAUCAUUAGGCAAAUUAGUUGCACCUCUGAUUGUGACAAGUUUGUAUGCAAGUUACGGGCCUGCGAAGCCAUGGAUAUUAGAGAUACUACAGUUCUACACCCUAUUUGUUGCGUGGAUCGUAUUCUACAAAAGAAUGACUCCUAUGCAGACAAAGACUAAAGCAGUGGAAGGAUCAUCCAAGCAAUAGGAUUAUAUCAUCAUAGAAUAUUUACGAUAAACUGUUGAGCUGCAAAU